AUGCGCCUCAACCACUUUACCUUGGUAUCUCUGCUGCUGGGCAAUGUAACGCCCGCCCCUGUCCCACAACCGCAACCUGAGCCGGUAGCAGUUGACGCGGGGCAGGUGGCCUCCACGACUCUGCGCGGUGCGAUGGUCUGCGCUGUGCCAUACUUUAUACUACUGCGACAGCAAGGUCUCAAUCAAGCAAAAUUGGAAGACAUGAUCAAAUCGGCCGAUAAGAACUGGGAGGACAAGCUGAAGGAGGCCGCCUCGCUUGAGGACAAGUGGGAAAAGGAUCGAAAGGAAAAAGAAAAGGAAAAGAAGAAAGCUGCGACCGACGCCCAAGGCCAAGCGUCAAGUUCUUCUGGGCCAGGAUCCUCUGCUUCGUCCGUCAUCUCACCCACCCUGGAGGGCACCGUCAACGACCCUCGCUGCCCCAAUGCUUUCACAGCUUACUGGAAAUCCCAGCGGGCCAACCUCGAGAGCGCGUACGUGAAUAGGCCGACCCCUUCCACUUUCAAUCCCGCCCAGAACAGAAAGGUGAACAAGGCAACCGAGCAUUGCAAGACGAACCUACUCACGGCUCGCUCCAAGUUUGUGCUGCAGUACAACAUGUACAGGCGGCGCCACCAUGUCACCGGUAUCCCGCUGGAGAAUUGGGACGUCCAGGUUGAUGCCCAGACCGAGGCCGACCUCGACAACGCCAUCAAAAAGGGCUGCGACUACAUAAUCACCGGCGUGCAGCCCGAACCCUUGCCGGAUGUCGCUGCACCUGCCGCCCCGCCAACUCCGCCACCGGCAGAGCGGGGCAGCCGACAGGAGCAAGUGCCCCUGCUACCUAUUUCCGAUCCAUCACGUAGAGGAAGCCAGCAGCCUACCGCACCGAUCCCGGAAGGACGUCUCAACGUGCCAUCGGCCAAGGGCAAGCAGAAUGAGGUCCUGCCACCUCCUCGCGCAGGCGGAUCGUCGACACAACAAAGCCCCCCGGCUAACAACGCAGGGACUUUGGCCCAGAAUAAGUUGCCGCUGACGCCGCCUGGCUCUCCCAAUCAGAGCAACUCUAGGCCGAGCACACCAAAUAAGCUGGACCAGACUGGGCCGGCUGCGGCGGCUCAAGACUCCAAAGGAAAAGGUAAGCAGACGGCUGACACUGCUCAGGGCUCGUUGGCGAGGACUUCUACUGGCAUGGGUGGCCAGGGAUCAAAUUCGGCUGCUGUGCAAGGGAGUGGGCGUCCCGCGAGUUUGGGAGGUGGUGGGGCUGGCGAUAAGCAGCCGGCUACCCUGAAGAAAGCCGAUCAUCGCAAGUCAUGGUAG